GGGUGAUUCCUUGACAAUGCGCGACCCUUUCUUCUACUUCUCUCACUCACCGCUCCCUUUUUUGCCUUUUUCCAUCAAUAAAUUAAUCAAAAGAACCACUCUACAAUCAUUAUUUUUCACCACCACCGAACAUGCUAAAAUACGACCACGUAUAAUUAUAACCAUAGUUAUACACAAAAGUUUGUUUAUCCCUGUUUCUUUUCACACUGAACCUCGUUCGUUAGUUAUCAUUGCAAUCACUCACUUUCCCCGCUUAUUAAUUCGGCUAAACCAACACUAGCUAACACUUUUGGACAACUUGCCAUGGUACAGUAACUAGCAACUCCCAGAGUGACUCAGAACUGAGAGCAUUGCGCAACCAAAAACAGCAACCCCAUUUUCAUCAACAAUGCUCCAGACAACCUGCAUUUUGCUACUCUCACUUCUAAGUUUUUUUUCACCACUUGGAACGGCAAUGCUUAACCUAACUCUUCCAGGAGCACAUCCAGACCCCGAAGCUGUUGCCCAUGAAGUUCAUAGGAAGGUUAAUGCUUCGAUUGCAAGAAGGGAGAUGUUAUCAGUGUCGGAGAGAGAUGAGUCUUCGUGUCUAACGGGAAACCCCAUUGAUGAUUGUUGGAAAUGUGACCCAGACUGGCCCAACAAUCGGCAGAGGCUAGCUGACUGCGCCAUUGGGUUUGGUCAGUAUGCAAAGGGAGGGAAAGGUGGUGAGUUUUACGUGGUGACUGAUUCCUCUGACGGGGAUCCUGUGAACCCAAAACCUGGGACGCUGAGAUACGCUGUGAUACAGAACGAGCCACUCUGGAUCGUCUUCCCCAGUAACAUGAUGAUUAAGCUGUCCCAGGAGCUGAUUUUUAACAGCUACAAGACCAUUGAUGGACGCGGUGCUGAUGUGCACAUCGUCGGAGGAGGCUGCAUUACUCUGCAGUAUAUAAGCAAUGUCAUCAUACACAACAUUCACAUCCAUCAUUGUCAUCCCUCAGGGAACACGAACGUUCGGUCAAGCCCGGAGCACUACGGAUUCCGGACAUUGUCGGACGGGGAUGGAAUAUCUAUAUUCGGGGCGAAGGAUAUAUGGAUCGACCACUGCACGCUGUCGCGGUGCAAGGACGGGCUGAUAGACGCGGUGAUGGGUUCGACGGGGAUAACCAUCUCGAACAACUACCUCUCCCACCACAACGAGGUGAUGCUCCUGGGCCACAGCGACGACUACCUCCCAGACUCCGGCAUGCAGGUAACCAUCGCCUUCAACCACUUCGGGGAGAAGCUGGUCCAGAGAAUGCCCCGCUGCCGGAGGGGCUACAUCCACGUCGUCAACAACGACUUCACGGAGUGGGAGAUGUACGCCAUCGGUGGCAGCGGCGAACCCACCAUUAACAGCCAGGGGAACCGCUACAUGGCACCCCAAAACCCCUUCGCCAAGGAGGUUACGAAACGAGUGGACACCCAACAGUCCAAGUGGAAGGGCUGGAACUGGAGGUCCGAGGGUGACAUUUUACUCAACGGUGCCUUCUUCGUUGCGUCCGGCGAAGGACUCGAGGUCAAGUACGAGAAAGCCUACAGCGUCGAACCUAAGUCCGCCGAUCGUAUCUCUCUUCUCACCAUGUCCUCCGGUGUUCUUGGAAAUGCCAGGGACAACAACCUCGGAAUGUGGAGCAGAGGACCUGGUGAUGAAUCUACGGAGUCCGGCAUGGAAUACACCGACGAAAUGUCCACCACUGCAACAAUCAUUCCACCGUCUCUUUUCCUUCUCUUGUUGUCUUCCACCACAAUCUUCACGGUUAUUCUAUAGCAAAACUAACCAACCAUGUCACGCUCUUUCGUUUCUUUUCAUUGGAAUCAAAAAACUGUCUGCUCCUUAAGUCUAAUCAUGGAUCAGGCCUAAUUAAGACUGUAUAUAUUCAUUCUCCUUCACUUUCAUACUUUUCA